AUGUCUUAUCGCGUCGAUACAUCGUUUGUCAAUUCGGCAGCCGGGUCUCAGCCAUCUCGAUUCGAUAUUCACUUUUACGAGCCUCAUAGUCCAGUCACACAGAACACUAUGUCUGCGCCUACCGGACCAACUAUGCAACCAGAGCUUCAACGGCCAGAGUUUGACGAGCCAGAGCUUGAUGAGCCAGAGUUUCACGAACCGGAGCCUCGGCAGAGAAGGCCUCAGCACAGAAAGCCUCAACGUUCAAGGCCUCGACCAGCAAGACCUCAACAGCCAGAUCGAACAUCGCGCGAACACUCCCCAGCUAUCACAGACCCCGCAAGCAAGAUCACAAAAGAGCAUAGACGCUCGCGCAAUGGCUGCUAUACCUGUCGCUUACGAAGGAAGAAAUGUGACGAGAAACAACCUACCUGCCAGGCAUGCGACAGCCUCGGCGUUACUUGCGAAUACAAAAAGCCAAGCUGGUGGAUUAGUACUCAGGCGCGAACGCUACAAACAGAUAAGAUAAAAAGGAGGGUUCGUGAGACUAAAGUGUCGAAGAAAGAACAGGCUCUCCAUGAAUAUAUAAGAAAUGCGGUACCUGGUGUACGGCCACGCCAUCCUCCUAUCAGCCAGCCUCAAUCAGUCCGAGCGGAAACAAUGGAGCCCACCGAAUCGAUGGAGUCAAUGGAGUCAGUGGAGUCGGUUCGGACAGUACGACCAAGACCAGAGCCAGUGCAGCUAUUGCAGCCACCGAAGUCAGCGGAACACGCCACAUACAGCUUUACUUCGCCGUACCUACCCACUCCUACAACCGCUUCUCUGAACCCUGUUGCAUUUGGCUAUGACUCUGGGAUUGGGGCCGGCACUUUUGUUCAGGAUGGCCCUUCAGCACAAGACCCUGGCGCCUUUUGGUAUAAUCCUAUGACAACCCCAUUGCUCCCUACACCAACAUCGAUUCCAGAAUCAUCACCAAGCUCCGCAGCAAUAGUAACAACAGCUGCAACAACUCCAGCACUUCCGGGUGGUGAAUGGAUUCCCGCUUCGACCUUGGUACCAGGGCCAUCAACAAACUCAGCAGCAAGAGAAGUGCCCGCAGCAGCACCUCCAGCAACUCCACUACUACCGAGUGGCCCAUGGGUCCCUACGUCAACAUUAAUAUCAGCAACGACAACAAACCCAGCCCCGUUAGUCCCGACAGCGACAGCGACGCCAGCAAUGCAGGGCGGUGGUGACUGGUACCAAGGAUUUACUGAGCCGGCACCACCUGCGCCCAACCCGGUUGCCCUUGCGCUUGGUUCUUCCGAAUUCCCUACUGGCCCUUUGUCCUUAUAUCUGGAAGCGAAAAUGAGUACCAAUGAUCGAGAGCGCUCCCUACUCUGCCAUUUUGUCGACAACGUUCUGCGCUUGGUGUUUCCAAUUCUCGACCUACACAAGCAAGGCACAUCUCGUGCACGCGAGAUCUUACGCUGGCUAGACUCAAAUAAGUCAUACUACCAUUGCUCUUUGAGUGUAUCCGCCAUCCAUCUCCGGACUGUCAAAAAGCAGCGCGGCCAACGAGUAGAGAGGGACAUCAUGCGGCACCGGUACGCGGCGAUUUCAGAGCUCAACAAGGCCUUAUGUGCAGACCAUAGCCACGAUACAAUUCUAGAUGCGACGCUAGCCAUGAUCUUCUUUCACUGCACCGUCGGGCCCCCAGAGGCUGACGGCCUGCUGGAUAUCGCAUGGACCGACCACUUUUCGGCUGUCACGAACUUGGUCACCAAGCUGGGCCUGGACCAACCAAACCCGUAUAUCAACCCUCCUUUUCGACUGUCACUUAGCACUUGGAUUGAUAUCCUCGGGGCAACUAUGCUGGGGCAGUCUCCGAAGUUUGCCCACACAUAUCGUAACAAGCAUCUUAACGGGAUCUCGUCAGGGCUGAGAGAAUUGAUGGGCUGCGAUGAUCGAAUCAUGUAUCUGAUCUCUGAAAUCGCUUGCCUUGAUUCCCUCAAGGAGGCAGGGAGUAUCGACGAAUAUACAAUAAACCACCAUGUUACCGCGUUAUCAGCCCAACUGGACCACGCCGAGCAAGCAGUCCUCGAUCCCACCUAUGAGACCCCAAUCUCCCCCACCGGCAUCAUUCAAGCCGAUAAACUCACCAAAAACAUGACUGCAAUAUUCCGUGCCGCAGCCCGGAUCUACCUCUACAGCCUCACCCCUGCCUUCCACCCCGAGCAGCGGAGAAUAACCGACCUGGUCGAGACGGUGGCCACCCUCCUCCAAUACAUCCCGUCGGGGCCUUCCGGGUUCGACCGCUCUCUUGUCUGGCCCAUGUUGAUAACAGGAGCGUUUUCCACCCCGACAAGCAACUUCCGUAUCAUUCUCGAGCAGCGCAUCAGUUCUAUGGGUGACACUAGCGACUUCGGUAGUUUCGGACGCAUGUACAAUGUGCUGCUGGAGACUUGGAAGCUUACCCACGAGUCCACCGAACCUACUUACACCGACGAGUCUCUUCUCCAGAUGAACAUACCCUCACCAUCCCUUGAUAUCAGACCACGCAUUAAGAAGCAGCCUGUGCAUUGGCGUGUUGUCAUGAAGUUUUGCGAAUGGCAGUAUCUACUGCUUUAG